UCUCCGCGCCCUGGCGGCUCCUCCCAACUCCGGGAACCCGGGAAAACUUGUCAACCAAUCAGAAAAGGCGGAAGCGGGACCUGAGGGACCCGUCCGACCCUGACCAAUGGAGCGGAGGUGACCCCGGGAGCUGACCAAUCAGGAACGGCACGGGGCAGGCUUGCGGGCGCCAAGUUCGGACCCGGGAAUUCCGAAGGCGGGGUCUGCGCUGCCCGCGCGCGGAGGCCGCGCCCCCCGGGCCCGCGCCCUCGCUGUCAAACAGCUGCGGAGCGCCCGCCGGGCCGGAGCCCGAGGGUCCCGGACGCCGCGCCGGCCGGCACUGCCUGCAGAAACCGUUCCGAGACUGCACCACGCGGUAGAUCCGGCACCGGGCUGGGGUGGGCAGAAGGCUGGGUUUGCCUCGCAUCGUCUCGGGGAGCUGUUUCUGUUCCUCCACCCCACCCCCCGGAGAAGCCGGCAGAUGGGGUUUAGGACCAGUGUCUUGGAGAACGUAGGGACCGUUCUCUCUGCCUUUUUGGGGGUGACAGUGGAGUCACUUCCCACUGGUUUCAACCUAGCUAGUUAUGAGCGAGGGGUUGGCCAGGAGAGCGAGGCGCGGGCGAGCAGGAGGGCUGGCUACUCCAUUUGGAUAAGCGGGUCUGACAGGACAAAGCUGUUUUCUCCAAUGUCAUCGCGGUGACAGGUUAGCAUUGCAGAAUUAGGAGCGCGCCGGUUUGCAGUUCCCCGGAAGCUGCCUAACGGUAUGUUGCCUCGAACAGAUUGAAGGCACCCGGGAAAUUCUGCGGCCUGAGGAUCCGGUUCAUCCAAGGUGCCAUACGACGUGCUCGUUGUGCACUGCCCCGAAUUUUUCCGCUUUGGAGCUGCUUGACAGCCAUUUUGCAUCGCGUGCCUAGAAUCCUUGCAUUCUGAAUUUGCUCAGGGACUGUGCUCAAAGUUGAAAUUGCACAAAGCACAACUCAAGCUUGCACCAGACAGAACGUGAGCCUGGACCCCCGUGCAUGGCCCAGGAGGGGGAGCGGUGAUGGAGCCCUGACGUGGAAGAGCUGGUGUGCAGUGGCACUGCCUAUGCUGCCCUGCUUCCAGCUGCUGCGCAUUGGGGGCGGCAGGGGCGGUGACCUCUACACUUUCCACCCCCCAAGCGGAACUGGCUGCACCUAUCGUUUGGGCCGCAGGGCCGACCUGUGUGAUGUGGCCCUGCGGCCCCAACAGGAGCCCGGCUUCAUCUCCGGAGUCCAUGCAGAGUUGCACGCUGAGCGCCAGGGUGAUGACUGGAGGGUCAGCCUGGAGGACCACAGCAGCCAAGGGACUUUGGUCAACAAUGUCCGACUCCCUAGGGGUCACAGGCUGGAGUUAAGCGAUGGUGACCUUCUGACCUUUGGCCCUGAAAGGCCCCCAGGAACCAGCCCCUCGGAGUUCUACUUCAUGUUUCAGCAAGUCCGAGUCAAACCUCAAGAUUUCGCUGCCAUUACCAUCCCACGGUCUAGGGUAGAAGAGGGAACCGGGGUUGGUUUCCAGCCCAUGCUGCCUCCCCAGGGGGCUCCGCAGCGCCCCCUCAGCACCCUGUCCCCUGCACCAAAAGCCACACUGAUCCUCAACUCCAUUGGCAGCCUCAGCAAGCUCCAGCCACAGCCCCUCACCUUCUCCAGGAGGGGGGGUGGGCCACCGAGCCUACCUCCCCACACUCCCCAUGGGAAAGAGGGGACCACCCCUUCUGCCCCAACCCCAAGAAAUAGAAGGAAAUCAGCUCACCGAGUGUUGGCAGAAUUGGAUGAUGAGAGAGAGGCUCCUGAGAGCCCCCCAGUCCUUAGAGAGCCCAGGAAGAAACUCUGUGUAGAGAAGACUCCACUGACACCCAGUGGAAAUCGACUUGGGCAUCCUCCGAAGCACCCCGUGAGCACCCCCAUGACUCCUCCUGUGGUUGGGGGCGGGGAGCCCUGUGCAGCCCCUUGUUGCGGCCUGCCCCAAGAAGAAACAGUGGCCUGGGUUCAGUGUGAUGGAUGUGACCGCUGGUUCCACGUGGCCUGUGUUGGCUGCAGUAUCCAGGCUGCCAGGGAGGCUGACUUCCGGUGCCCAGGGUGUCACAUGGGCGUCCAGACCUAAGGCCCACCACCAAGGAGCCUGAGGAUAGAGCUGGCCAUGGAUGGAUACAGUGGGACACCAGUGGGUCCUAAGAAAUCCCUCUUCUCUUGCCUCCCCAGGAGGGAAUGACUACAGGGCAGGGGCCCAUUGCUAUGGAUCCCAGGUCUGGAACAGGCCCUCUCGGCCAAGGUGACAGAAGAGAUGGCUUCCUGCCAAAGAUAAUGCCUUCAGGAAGUUGCUAGUGAGCCGUAAAUUCCGUUACAAGUCAUAGACCCUUAUUGUCACGGACACUAGUGUCUGAUCAGAGCAUCAUCAACUACAGAGACCACCUGUGCCUGAAGAUAUAAGCCCCAGACCCAAACAAGUGAGUUCUCAACUUGGAUGGUACCACCUAAGGCAUUCUGGGAAAACCUAGGGCACAGCCCCCAAACUCUAAUCCUACCGCUGACUAUGUUUGUAGCCUGUGGCCUGGCUUUUCAGAGAUUUGCUUCCGUUUCCAAAUAAAGAAUGAAAAUAUUAA